UCUAGCUAUCUGCGAAAUCGGGAAAGUAUCUCUUAUUUCGGUUUAUAUACCAGAAAAUGGCAAAGUAUAUGGUUUGUCAGACUGUUUUCGUUGGUGUCCCAUCCCCUUGACGGGUUCUCUGGAGAAGAUUCAUAGUUUUCGCCUGGGAGCUGGCCUGGAAAAUGGCUGGAAGUGACCAGGUUUUCCAUUCAGCGCUGCACAGCCGCUUAAAAGCGUAGACAUUCAGCCAUAAGGGCUCAAACGCAGUCGAGUUGGAGACCAGAACGGAUCGCCGCCGGUUCCCAGAAGAAACUAAUCCCCUAAAAGUAUAAAAAAAUAAAAUAAAACUAUUAAAAGCCUCUAAAAAUCAGCUAGUAAGGAAAAAAGUGAAAAUGUCGCUGAUACCGUUCAUACUUGAUUUGGCCGAGGAGCUCCAUGAUUUCAAUCGCAGUCUCGCCAUGGAUAUAGAUGACUCGGCCGGAUUCGGGUUGUAUCCAUUGGAUGCCACUUCACAGUUGCAUACGCCACAGAUGAAUCGCGGGUUGGGUCGUGGAAAUGCCAUGAUGUGGGUGCCCAUUAAGGGUCAAUCGACGGUGCAGCAUCGUCAUCAUCCAUAUAAUCGUGUGGCUGGGGCCAAAACCGUCUGCUGUAAUAAGUCGCUGCUGGAACUGGAAAAGGAGUUGGGCGAUAAGGGCACUUCCGGUGGAAGUGGUAAUGCCAGUCAGCCAACAGCCAGUAAAUCUGCCUACUCCGUGGUCAAUAGGAAUGGCUUCCAGGUGAGCAUGAAUGUGAAGCAAUUCGCCGCCAACGAACUGACCGUUAAGACCAUCGAUAAUUGCAUCGUGGUUGAGGGUCAGCAUGAUGAAAAGGAGGAUGGCCACGGAGUGAUCUCGCGCCACUUCAUCCGCAAGUAUAUUCUGCCCAAGGGUUAUGAUCCCAACGAGGUCCACUCUACGCUCUCCUCGGACGGGAUUUUAACGGUCAAGGCGCCGCCACCGCUUCCAGUGGCCAAAGGAAGCCUGGAACGACAUGAGCGCAUCGUAGACAUCCAGCAGAUUUCGCAGCAGCAGAAGGAUGCGCAGCCGCCAAAGCCAGCAGAGGCUGAGCAGCAGUCGGCAGCUAGUGCUUCUGCUUCCACUACUAUUCCGAAUCCACCCACACCCACACCCACUCCCAAUCCCUCACUCUCGCUCUCGGUCACACUCGCCGAAACCAACGGCAAUGGACAGGAGGAGACAGAAAUGGAGUCGUCGUCGGAAGUGGCGGCUCUAUCGCCCUCUCUUUCCAACGAAGCCGCUGCUGCUGCCGCUGUUGCAGUGGAAACCCCUUCCACUGCAGGAACAACUUCCAGUGCCAACAAUGGCGUUGCAGAACCGGAGUCCAUGGAAGUGGUUGCCAAAAACGAAGAGGCUGCCAAAGGGGAGGAACCCACACCCAAUUCCGUUGUAGCCAGCGAAGGGGAGCUGAAAGCAGAGGAUGCAAAUGCCAACGAAGUGGCUAUAGCUUCAAAUAACGGUAAUGGAGCAGCCAUAACACCCGAGGACGUGGAAAUGCCGCUGGUCAAAAAACCCGAAACACCCGCAGAAGACAGCAAAGAAGAGAAGGAGACGGUGGAAAAAGUUGAUAAAUUAGAGGAGAAAGGUGGCGAAGAACUGGCCGCCGUGGAUGCGGCCAUACUCCUGGCCAAAAACCAGGGCGAAAAUGGAGCCACUGUAGCCAAAACCGAAGAACUGGCCAAGUGAAGACUGAAAUAUUAAACAUUAAAAAAAACAGCUAAUUAAGAACAAAUAAUAACCUGCACGAGUAGGCGUGCGUUUUAUUCCAUAAAUGUUUCUUGUGUUUUUCUUUGCAUUUCACAAAAAGAGCCGAGAAAGCUGACGGGAAAAGCACUCAAUUACUAAGCAUGGGAGAUAACGGACGAUAUAUGAUUUCCUAAAAACAUAUGUGUUAACAACUACAAGUAUUCCAGUAAAACUUAAAGACAGAAACACGAAAUAAUGUACUUAACAAUAAAGAAGGAAAAACAAAAAAGAAAAUUGUCAUUUGUGUUUGCUUUUAGCCGGCUCUCUCUAUUUCUAUUGCUGGACUCUUCUAGAAUUUACCGGCUUUGCAAAAUUCGCUGUUUGUUUUUAUCUCG